UCAGUCUGUAGUAAGCAGUUCUGCAGGGUGCUCCUCGGUUACCUACAGAGAGACGCUUUUCUAAACUCUGCCCGGGAAACCAUGGCCGAGCAGGCCUCGGGAUCCUCCCGGCCGCCUCAGCAUGACGGGGUUCUACAGCAGCAUGAGUUCGUGCAGGAGCAGGACCGAGCUGAAUUCCUGAAGCUCAAACAGCAGCUGGAGAUGGAGUUCAACCAGAAGAGGGCCAAGUUUAAGGAGCUCUAUCUGUCUAAAGAAGAGGAGCUGAAGAGGCAGGCCGCUUCUCUGGAGAAAGCCCAGGCAGAGCUGAGCAGGUUGCAGGCCCAGUUGGACGAGUCUAAAGCCGAUAUGGAGACCAUCAAAGCAGUGGCCACUGUCUCUGAGAGCACCAAGCAGGAGGCCAUUGACCAGGUCAAACAACAAUGGCAGGAGGAGGUGGUGUCACUGCAGGCUAUAAUGAAAGAUGCGGACCUUGAGGUGAAGGUGCAGUUUCAUCAGAAGUUGGAGCAGGAGCGUGCUCAGUGGGCUCAGUACCGUGAGGCGAUGGAGCGAGAGGUGGCUGAGCUCCGCCGCCGUCUCUCUGAGGGACAGGAGGAGGAGAAUUUAGAGAACGAGAUGAAAAAAGCUCAGGAGGAUGCAGAGAAGCUGCGUUCAGUAGUAAUGCCAAUGGAGAGUGAGAUUGCAGCUCUGAAGGCCAAACUGUCAAGCUCAGAAGACAGAGUUAAGGAACUGGAGGCAGCGAAGGUGAAGGAGCUCAAUCACGUCCUAGAGGCAGAGAAAUCAUGCCGAACAGACUUGGAGAUGUAUGUUGCCGUCCUGAACACCCAGAAAGCUGUCCUUCAAGAGGACGCUGAAAAACUUCGGAAAGAGCUCCAUGAUGUGGUUCACAUGCUGGAAUUGGAGAGACAGCAGCACAAUCAACUGAAACACACAUGGCAGCGUGCCAACGAUCAGUUCCUGGAGUCACAGCGGCUGCUGAUGCGAGACAUGCAGUGCAUUGAGAGCGUGCUGUCCUCUGAACAGCUGCGACAGGUGGAGGAAAUAAAAAAGAGGGACCAGGAGGAGGAUGAGAAGGAGAUCUUGAGUCAGGCUAAAGAGGCUAGUGAGGACGAGGGAACAGACCAGGCUGAGGCAGUGGAGGACUCACUGCUCGGGCUCUCCAUAGAAGAGUCCCAUCUCAGCCACAGUAUCCACAGUUCCUUGCACUCUCUGGAUGCAGACACCCCGGGCCGCCCAGAUAGCUCUGACCUGUAUAAGGACGGCCUUCGGAGGGUGCAGUCCACAGACAGCCUUGGGUCUUCAGGAGGUACUCUACAGCCUCACGGUCUGGGCGGACACAUCAACAAGGCAAAAUCAGCCAGUCAGCUGGACGAGUCAGACUUUGGUCCUCUCGUGGGGGCGGACUGUGGGGGCUUUGACAGCAUGGACACCUACUCCAUAUCUUCCCUGCAACCAGGACAUUUUCUCCUCACCAAGGACCAGGAGAAGGCCAUUAAGGCCAUGACCCCAGAGCAGGAGGAGACAGCAUCACUCUUGUCCAGCAUCUCUCAUACGGCUGACACGGCUUACCUGCCUCCGUCCGGCUAUCGAUUGGUCAGCGAGAGCGAGUGGAAUCUGCUGCAGCAAGAGAUGAAGAAUGCUGGAAAAAAGCUGGGUCGGAGAUGUGAUAUGUGCUCUAAUUAUGAGAAACAGCUGCAGGUCAUUCAGGGACAGGAGGCCGAGACUCGAGACCAGGUAAAGAAACUGCAGGUGAUGUUGCGACAAGCAAAUGAUCAGCUGGAGAGGACAAUGAACGAAAAGCAGGAGUUUGAGGACUCUGUCAAACAGGCCAAUGAGGAAACCACCUUGAAGAUCACAGAGUUGCAGCAGAAAGUUCAGGAGUCUGAAUCUCUGGUCGGUGCUAUUCAGCAGGCUUUCAGCCAGGCCAAGAGGAACACCCAUGACCAGAUGGCUGUGUUGCUGCAGUCCAGAGAGCAGGUGACUGAAGAGCUGAACCGUUUGCAGAGAGAUAAUGAUAGUCUUCAGGGUAAACACAGACUUCACGUGGCACUGCAGCAGCAAGAGGACUUUCACAUGCCAACCACUGUACAGGAACUCCAGCAGCUGGUGUUGCAGUACAGGGAGGACAUAGUUUCAGUCAGGACGGCAUCAGAGCAUCUGGAGGAGAAGCUGAAGGCAGAAAUAUUGUUCCUGAAGGAGCAGAUUCAGGCAGAGCAGUGUCUGAAAGAGAACCUGGAGGACACACUACAGGUGGAGAUUGAGGGCUGUAGAGAAGAGAUUGCGUCUUUUUCCAGCUUGAAAAUGGAACUGGAAAGAGUGAAGAGUGAAAAAGAACAGCUGGAGAGCAGCUUGGCAGAGAAAAGCCUGACUUUGGAAAAUGAACUGGGUCUAAAGAACAGUCUGGAGGAACAGAUGAAAGAUGCUCUCAGCAACAAGAGUGCUUUGGAGAGUCAAGUGUUUGAAGAGAAAGAUAAGGCACAGCGGCUGCAGACAGAGCUGGAUGUCAGUGAACAGGUUCAGAGAGACUUUGUCAAGCUGUCCCAAACUCUUCAGGUGCAGUUGGAGCGGAUCCGGCAGGCAGACUCAUUAGAGCGGAUCCGGGUCAUCCUCAAUGAUACCAACUUCACAGAUAUCAGCCAGCUUCCAGAGACAUGAUGUCACUUCCUUGUUCCCACUGUCACAUAUAAACAAACAUACUCGCAUACACACUUCACCUAUACUGCACAUCUUCAGCCCAACUUCAUAACUGGCUCCCACAAUGCCUCCUCUAGCCAAUGAGAACAGGCUCUGGGGAGUCUGUGGGCUGUAUAUUUUUUUUUAAUAAAAAUCUAUAGUUAAAUAUGAAUCGAACUGAGUGAGGAAGACUGAGACAAACUGCAAGUCAUGGAGAACACUACUGCUAUUGAAACUUGUAAAUACAUUUGCAAGGAGGUCGAAAAAGACUGAAGUCUCUGCUCCAGUGAAGAUUUGUGUCUCAUAAUCCAGUUCUCCACUGUGGAUCCUGAAGAAGCGGGUCUUUCAAUGAGUCCGCUUCUUUCAAUUCAGGAAAUAGAAUGUGUGCCCAUGAUUCCCUGACCCUACCAAAGUUCUAGUCUCUUCUGCCUUGUUUCUCUGUUGCAUUUACACUUUCUUCUCUACUAAUACAACAACCUGUCUACUUUUAUCUUCUCUCCAUCUGCUCUGCUGAAAGUUGUGAUUUAUGAAGGAAACAGAAACACCUAGAUUGUUUUGUACAUACCUGUAUACAGAUAUAUGUGUAUAUUGCAUUAGUUAUAUUAAUACACAAGACUGUGAUUUCCCCGCCUUGCCACGCCCUCUACAGUUGCACAUGCCAAUGCUGUGUUUCUCCUCGUCCACCAAUCAUUUCACUGGGAUGUCACUUAAAUUCCUGGGGCUCAAGGAAAAGAAAUUAUGGGUAGGUCCCAGUCCCCACCAGGCCUGGGACAAUGUUGACAAUUGUUCCCUCUGGCAACAUGCUGUUGGGAUAUAAUUACUGUCUGUUUUGUACUGCUGUUUUGCCUCUCCAUUCAUCUUCUGAGACACUUCUUAAAGGAAUAUUCUGAUUUCAAUACAAGUUAAGCUGAAUCAACAGCAUUUGUGGCAUAAUAUUGAUUACCACAAAAACUAUUUUGCUUAUGAUCACAUGCAUAUGAUUUACAGCCAUUGUGUUGCUCUACAUGACUUUGUAUCUUUGUGUUCCACAGUAAGUGGUCUCUUAAACUCUGUCUUUAUGGCGUAUGGGGUCUGGAGAACCAAAGAUUACAUACUGGGAGCACAUUGGGAUAGUUUAAAUCAAAUAGGAAAGAUGGAAAACAUGGAAAAUUUUGGGCAUGAAAAUAUGAAACAGCGCUAAAAGUUUUAGGCUAUUUUUGGGCUGCUAUUUUAAACCGUACUCCAAGAGAUUUAAAUCAACUCCAGGAAUUCUAAAACAAGAAGUGUGUGCGAUCUGUAUUCAGUUGGAAGGCUAAAAAGCACGUCAUUUCAUUUCUUACACAAUUUUUUUUGCAUACUUCAGUUCAGGCUGCAGAAUGUUAUAUUAAAAAAAACAUUUGCAUUGCAAUUGGAGGUCUUGUCACAAAAACAUCUCUGGUUACACAUGUAAACUCACUUCCCUGAGAUGAAGGGAACGAGACAUUGCUGUAAGCAAUAUGGGAAGUGUCCUAUACAACCUUGUUGAAAUCCUUAUAUAAUCAUGCCAAUCCUCCGAUUGGCAAUGGUGUCUGAGCCCCGCCCCAGGUGCUGAAAGUUGGGCGUCCAUCGCACCCCAACCUGUGUUGGAUGCAUCUGUGGUCUUCUGAAAAUAUGACCCAGCAUAACACCCUGUUGGUGUAUGGUUGGCGCAGUCCAUGGUGCUAGAGCAGCCACACAGCAGCGAAUCACCAUGAUGGUCAUGCACCCAAGGCUACAGGUGCAAUGUUGAAUGUGUCGAUUGAGCCACUGGAGGGGUCUCGUGUUUACCAGACCUAACAGUAUGACGGUGGAUGCUGCCACCAUAAAACCCAGUAUUCUCUGAAAUAACUUCAGUGGCAAUGUUUUCCUCAGUUUUAACUGAGACAGACACUGAACAAUAGACUGUACAUGCUCGUUUGUGAGUUGAGACAAACUCAUAAAAAAGAGAUUUGCUGACUGGGAAAAAGUGUGCUUUUCGUCCAGUUGGCAUUCAGACCCAGAUUUUUCAGAUGCAAAGCAGCAAGUCUCUGUUCGCUCAGUAGUGCCUCUGAUUGGGCUAGUAAUAACCAAUCGUCAAGGUAAUUCAAAACACGGCCGCCAUUAAUUUUCAACGGGGCAAGUGCCGCAUUGGUACAUUUCGUGAACAUCCGAAAGAGAGGACUUUGAAUUAAUACGCAGUUCCCUCGAACACAAAACUCAAAAACCGCAUGUGACUGGGUGCAAUUGGUACAUGAAAGUACGCAUCCUUCAGAUCUAUUGACGAAAACCAGUCCUGAGGACGGAUGUGCGAUAAGAUCGGUUUCUGAGUUAACAUUUUGAAUGGCCACUUUGCAGUCAAUGCAAUACAAGCAUCUCAGAUCUAGAGUGGGCUGUAGCCUGCCAUUUUCUUUGGAAUGAGAAAACAACGGCUGUAAGCCCCGCUGUGUGUGUCAUAGUCUGGGACCAUCUCCAUCGCGUUUUCUUCCGAGGAGACUGUGAAAUUCUGCGCGCAACAAAGUGUGGUGGCGGGCUUACAAAAUGAAUCAUAUAACCAUGCUUGAUCAUUUUUAACACCCAGUGUGACACACCAGUGAGGGCUCGCCACCUGUAUUUGCAGUGGGACAGCGGGUUAUUGAUUUGCUUGCUAUAGUACAUAGAGCACCGCUCACAAUAGGGAAGCAGUUGAGCAUAAUGUGUGGUGUGUAUGGUAGUGGGCACUUUUUCUGAGAAUGUGUAAGUGUCCUGUGUUUGUACAAUGGGUGCUUUUUCUCUUUUGUGAGAAAAAUCUUUGUUUGACUAAUACACACAGAAGCAACAUUUUUAACAAUGUUCCAUUUCUGAUGAACAGUAUUGGGGAAGAGGGGAGAAACAUGUGCCUCGAAUCGAGCCUUCAGUGAGUUCUGGGCUCUUCACAGGGCUGGGCAUGUCUGGAAUGUUUGUGCUGCCUGGCCGGGGUUUUUCCAUCUGCGUGUUUUUCGUACUGAGAGGGCGGGUGCUUACUCUUGGGCCAUGGUUUGCAUGGCUUCACAGACGGCUCUGUAGUAACUUCCAGCCGCACUGGGACAGUAAGAGAUGGAUUCUUUGUCAGGCGCUGACCGGAAUUAAACCGGAGCGUGCCGAGAAAGAGGAAGUGCUACUUCUCUUUGGCAGAAAGUGUUUAAUCACUUGAGACUGCUUUUGCACCGUGAUGAAGUACUCUAAAAAGCCUUCCACGGCUUUGCCAAAGAGACCGCCGGGCGACACUGGGAUGUCGAGGAGGGUGGCUUUCUCUGCCUCACGCAUGUCUGGAUCUUCCCUCAGAAUAAGGUCAAUCCUAGAGCGCAACGUCUGGAGAUUCAUGCCCUCGCAUUAAGGGCAGAGUGUCUCCAUGAGAGCUGCUUGUGUGUGAGUGCGGCCCAGGCAGUGAACUUGGCUCUCGUGCUCAUCAGGCAGUGGGAUGUGCAGUUCACAUAGGCAACACUUGCGGAACGACAUCUUUAAAAAGACACGUAUCUUGCAAGCUCUUUAGUUAAUAUUUUAUAUAUAUAUAUAAGGAUACAGUAACUACAGCCGGAGCACUGUGGGAAGCAGGUAGGAGUUUUGCUGAAGUGCCGUAUUCCAUCAAUGUUGAUUAUCUGAACCGAAGAACCCGUUCACCGAGAGCAUCUUCGAUGGCAAUGUGGUGAUCUCUUCACUGGAACACACAGAGGUGCUGAAAGCCUCUCUGUGCAGGUGCUGAGCACAGGUGAUUAGUAGUUCUGUCCGCUGUAAGCGUAUAUCAACGGCGAAGCAGAAAUGGUUCCAAGACGAACAUUGUAGUAUUAAAGGAAGAAAAUUCUUAAGAAAUGGUGACUGAGCACCCACAUAUAUAGGACACCAGACACCAUUGCCAAUCAGAGGAUUGGUUUAUUGUAUAAGGUUUCAACAAGGUCCUGUAGAAGGACACCCCCACUUAGUGCUUACAGCAAUGUCGAGUGAACUGAAUCAAAAGUGAACGCCCAUGUGCUUGACAAUGUAAUUUGGCUAAACUCUGAUGUAAUGGAUUGUCAAUGUGGACAAUUUUAACCAAAUAUGAAUAUUUCCCAGAGCAUAGCUGUAUUGACAGUUUACUUAUGACAACAUUUGGCCAUAAUCAAAAAGCUUAAUUAAAUUGUAUGUUAAUUAAUUGUAUGACCUUUCAACUUAAAUUGACAAACUGCUGCUCUCGUGACCUGUUUGUGGACUGUUGAUAUUGUGAAUGUGCAUUACAUGUGUGUUGUGUUCAUAUUAUUACCUGUACAUUGCACUAUAUAACACUCACAUGUCCUGUGCUGUCUUCACAUAAGACAACAAAAACCUUUCACGUUGUCCACAUAUUUUAGGGACUACAUUUUUCAAAACUAGCAGACACUGAUGAAACUCUAAUAACUAGGAUUUUGAUGAAAAUGAUGUUAUGAGGACUUUUAAUUUAUCAUUCAUGUCAGUCAUUUCUAUUGGGUCUGUGAAGAUUUGAUUCAGAGUCUUUCACAAUAACAACAGUUAAUUUCAGUUUGCAUGCUGUGUUGCAAAUGCAGAAGCCCUUGCAGAUUUAUAUACUGUACUUUGUACAUAUCCCUGUAUAUAUCUAUAUAAUAAAACAAACUGAAACCGAA